CGUUCAGCCUGUUCACACCUUUUCUGUCGUCGCCUUUCCAGCCUCCAACAACAUCACUAACAAUCCGUGCGUUAAAGCUGUUAAACGAUCCCUCUAGUCACACGGGUACAGACCCAUCCAUUCCCAAUGGCAAAGCUCAUUUGCAGGUUACCUUGGAGUAAGGGGGUUGGAGAUUCUGAGCAUUCCGACGUUGGAAAGGGGGAGGAGUUUACGACAGGCUCUGAGUAUGGAAGGACGUUCAAAGUAGGAGCUGCGCUCUAUGUGGUCGCUCCCUUUUCAUGCCGACUCCUUCCUUCCAGCAGUAUCGACAAGAUCACGAGAAAAUUCACUCGCUAUGGUCUCGCUACGGUCUUUUCGGUUCCAUCUUCUGGUAAAGAUGCUCGCUCAACAGUAAGACUGAGCUGGAUCCAGAAAGCUUUGAAGGAUUACGAAAUGGUUGAUGAUGUCUUCGACCAGGCCUUUCUAGCCACCGUUGUUUUUAAUGGUGGGGGCAAGCGGAAGCCAAGAAUCACUCCAAAGGCAAAGCAGUAUCUCACCAAACUGGGGGCCCGCGGCAUAGUGCUAUGCUCGGGUGUUGCCGAUCUCCCGCCAGGACCGUAUUACAUGACAGGGCAUCAGAUGCGAGAUGUGUGGAAACUGGAAGACGACACAUAUGGUACGUGCAUGGUGACGGUAGCACCCAAGUCUAAGUGA